AUGGACGUUGAUUCAAAUAUACUUUCCGAUUCAAAUUGGAAAUCAGGUGUUUGUUGGGGCAAUUUAGCAGGAUGUCUUGCAUUCUAUCAUUCAUUAGUUGGUUUUAUUUUAUUAACAGUGAAUGUAACAUUUAUAUUUCUAACAUCUGAUUAUCUCUAUCUAUUUGGUUCAUUAAUUGCACUUGGCUUUAUUAUUAUUCUGUUGGGUAUUAUUCUUCUUCCACUUGUAUUUACAUGUAUUUUAGGUCGACAAUAUCAUAUUUAUGCAACAAGUCAUGCAUAUAUAACAUUUGUUGUUAAUUUAAUAAAUAUAUUUUUGAUAAUAUUAGUUGCUUAUGAAGUUAAUCAAUUAAAAAUAUUUAGUUUACUUUCAACAAGAUUUUUAAUUGCUGAUUUAGCAUUACUUGUAUUAUCAUUAAUUGUUGGAAUUAUUGCAUGGAUUACAUAUGUUGGAAGACAAUUUCAUGAACCGAAUGGACAAUUUAUUCUACAACUUUGA